AUGAAAUAUUACAUACAAGAAACAAAAUGGAAACAAAUUUUUGCAAAUUUGAAAAGCGUAAAAGGAAUACACAGUAAAAACGAAGAUCGGAUAAGAAGGUUCAUGGAAUCAGUGUGGUACAUGGCUCGAAGUGGUUGCCAAUGGCGACUUUUACCAGAAAUAUAUGGCAAUUACAGAAGCGUACAUAAGAGAUUCAAAAAGUGGUGUGAAAAGGGAAUUUGGGAAAAGCUGCUCAAAUAUACACAAGAUCCAGAUUUGGAAGUGCAAAUGAUAGAUGGAACAAUCGUUAGAGCACAUGCUUGUGCGGCUGGAUACAAGAAGGAUACCGGAGCUCAAGAAGCACUGGGACGCAGCAAAGGUGGCUUUACAACAAAGAUACAUGCUCUUGUUGAUGCUCUGGGAAAUCCGCUUAAAUUUACUUUAACUGNAUUAUAA